AUGGACCAGAUCCUCGCUAAAGCGCUGAACCAAGCGGUGCUGUUUGCCGUGCGGCUGGGGAUAUCAAUUGCCUCCGGGUAUGCUAUUAAGACGCUUGGCCGCUACGUCGACCUGCUUCCCCUCGGAGAACGCCAGCGGUUAGUGGCAAAGAAGACGCGCCUCCAACAGAAGAUUGAGGUGGUAUCGGUGUCGCUCGAGCUCGUCAAGCUUGCCCUGGGUCGCAAUUCGGUGCUUGAAAUACUGCUUGACUUAGUCAAUGACUUAUUCCUCCGGUUCAACGAGUUUGGUGACCGUGUAAGCCAAUUGGAAACUACCACUGCUAAGGAGCCGGCGAAGAUGUUGGAGCUGUAUAUGGAUACGUUGAAUCGGGAAAUCUCAGAGGCGGUGCCGGUAAUUAAUUUGGUAUUGACGACGCUGGGAGUCGACAUGACCCAAUCGCUUAAUCGGAUGAGUGCUGGUGACUUGAUGAGAGCAGCUACGCUUAUUCUGGACCCUAAAACAAAACCAAAAUUUGAUGCUGUGAUGUACAGUGUAUUUUACAAUGGCAGUGGCACUGUUGAUGGUCUCCAGUGGAAGGAAGAGUACGCUAGAGCUACAGUGCAAAUCACUCGCGAUAAGCCAAAGAAGUCGGCCAAACCCAAAUCUAAAGCGUCUAAGGGGUUAAUUAACUAUACGUUAACCAUUGACGAGAGUUUUGAUGAUGGUCGCUACCACGAUGAUGAAGAUAAGCCCCGUAGCCAGCGGUAUUCAGUGGCUCAAGUGGAGCGGAUGUUCUACAGUGCUGGCGGCCGUCUUUUGCGUCUUGACAGCCGUGAUACCCCCGUGCUUAUCCUCAAGCUUGCCGUAGAGAACGAUGGCCACCGGUGGCUCGCUCUUGGCGGUUGGAGAGACAGUGACGACAAUGAUGACGACGAUUCUGACGAUGCUAGUGAAACUGCUAGUGACGACGAUGACGACGAUGACGACGAUGAUAACUCUAAACCCGAGAAACAGAGCCCAUUCCCGUACCUGUUGACGCUAUUGGAGUACAUGAUACGUCUUGCCAAAGCCGAGAUUGGCGAGCAAAAGCCUGUGCUCAAUCUCCACGACGAAGUGCUUAAUGCUUACUUAAAAGACGAUAUCGACCACGUGGCUAAGGAAGUAGCUCCUCCCACCAUCAGCGAGAAGCAACGCCAGCACCACCACCACCAAACGGUGGUUACUGACAGCACCGUGAGCUCCAACGUCAACCGGCUCGAUAAGCUUAAAUUGAGUGAUGACGCCGACGACAAAGCCGACACCUGA